UAUUACCACAGAAGCUUCAUCUUCUUCUUCCAGGUAAAGGCUUCGUCAGAUGGAGAUGACGAUGAUGAGGAGGAUGAUGACUUCGAUGAGGUCCCAGAGAAAGAGGGAUAUGAGCCUCACAUUCCAGAGCAUCUGAGGGCGGAGUACGGUUUGGAUCCCACUCCUUCCACCUCAACAGCACCUGUCAUAAGAAAACCUCCUGCAAAGAGACCUGCAGCUCCUCCUCCUCAAGCCUCCUCCUCCUCCUCCUCCUCCUCCAGGCACAUGAAGCGACUCAGAGAUGAGGAGCAGGAUCCAACCUGUGCGGCCGCCACGCUGCGUGUCCUCAAACAGAAGCAUCCCAGUCCUGUGGAGCCCAGCAGCAGCAGCAGGAACUCCUCAUUGAAUCCCAACUCAUCUCAGUCCAGUUCAGAUAAGAAGUCUGCCGAUGCUCCUGUGGUUCCCUUUGGUUUGGACCUGUACUACUGGGGACAGAAGCAGCCCAAUGCCGGCAAGAUCAUCAAAGCUGCCUCUCAGCAUCAGUUCUGGGUUCCCAUUGAUGUGGAGGAAGAGGUGGAGAACGAGCAGCUGCUGGCGGAGAGCAGGAGCAGAUACAUCUCUUUCCCUGGUAACUUCACUCCUGUCAGCCAUUACUGUAAAGCUCCUCUCGGUAAUGGAACGCUGUGUCAGCGGCAGGACAGACAGAAGUGUCCUUUCCACGGCCGGAUCGUUCCUCGAGACGAGGAGGGCCGACCCUGCAGGCAGGAGGACCGCGUCAGGGAGGAGCAGGAGGAGAGGAAGAGGAGAGAGGAGCAGCCUGACUGGCGAGACCCAGAGCUGCUGCGAGACAUUGAGGCUGUGACAGGAGAAGACCUGGGUUCUGACCGAGUGGGUAAAAAACGGAAAGGGAAAAAGAAGAAGUUUCCCAACCUGAGUGAUCUGAAGCAGAGGAGCAACACGGCUCGCUCCAGGCUGGAGAGGAAAGUGUUCAACAAGUACGUCAUUUAUCCACCGAGUUAUCACUGUCACCAACCUGUGUCAACAGCAGUCUAUGUAGAUAUACAGAGUCUAUAACAAUAUAAAGAGUCU